AUGCGGGCGCGGGAGGUGUUCGCGCUGCCGCCGCUGCGAUGCGAGCUGUCGCAGGUGCGCGACGUGCUCUCGGCGCUGCUGCACACGAUCGUCUUCGCGCGCGCGCUCGGAUGCUGCGCGCCUCGGGACGCGCGAUGCGAGCGCGUGGACGUGCACUACGUCGCGUGCGGCGACGGCGCGGUGGACGGGAAGAUAGAGGAGAAGAUAAACGCCCUCGUGCGAUGGGCGCUGAAGACGGGAGGCGGGGAGGCGGACGUGGCGGUGAGCUUUUACGAGCGCGAGCGGGACAAGCCGAGACGCGGCGGCGCGCUGCGAGAGGCGCUGAGCGGCGGACGAACGCGACGGGAGGAAGCGCGCGCGGCGAAUGGGUACUGGGAACAGUGGAGGAUCGGAUUGGAGAUUUUUAGGGGUGAGGAGUUGGACGAGACGGAGCGCGCGCGCGCGCGGGAGGCGCUGCGAGACCAAGUCGUCGGGACGCAGCGACACGUGCUGGGAUUGGUGAACGAGAUGAAGGCGCACGUGCCGCCGGUGACGACGAGCGACGUCGUGAGCUUCCCGUUUGAAAUUUCGGUGCCUCUGGCGCGCGACGACUCGCCGGGGAGUUUCGGGCGAGACAUGCUCAAACGUUUAGCGUCUCUCGGCGCGACGCCGCCUUCGAUGAUUUGA